AUGACCCAGUCAGUGGUCGUACAGGUCGGCCAGUGCGGAAACCAGAUAGGCUGCUGCUUCUGGGACCUGGCGCUGAGGGAGCACGCCGCAGUGAACCAGAAAGGAAUUUAUGAUGAGGCAAUAAGCAGCUUUUUUAGAAAUGUGGAUACCAGAGUGGCUGGUGAUAGUGGCAGUAUUUCCAAGGGAAAAAUAUGCUCUUUAAAAGCACGAGCUGUCUUGAUUGAUAUGGAAGAAGGGGUAGUGAAUGAAAUUCUACAAGGACCAUUGAGAGACGUAUUUGAUAGCAAGCAGCUCAUCACUGAUAUUUCUGGCUCAGGAAAUAAUUGCUAUAACUUAAACAUGAAAAAGAGAACAGGAUCGGGACUUGGCACAUUUCUUUUAAAGGUGCUUGAAGAUGAAUUCCCAGAAGUAUACAGAUUUGUGACUUCAAUUUAUCCUUCCAGUGAGGAUGAUGUCAUUACCUCACCUUAUAAUAGCAUCUUGGCAAUGAAGGAACUUAAUGAGCAUGCAGACUGUGUGUUGCCCAUUGACAAUCAAUCUUUAUUUGACAUCAUUAGCAAAAUUGACCUUGUGGUGAAUUCUGGAAAGUUGGAUACAACUGUGAAGCCAAAGAGUCUGGUUAUUUCAAGUGCUGGGGCUUUAAAAAAGCAGCAGAAGAAGCCCUUUGAUGCAAUGAACAAUAUUGUGGCAAAUUUGCUGCUCAACCUAACAAGCUCUGCGAGAUUUGAAGGAUCCCUUAAUAUGGACCUUAAUGAAAUCAGCAUGAAUUUAGUUCCUUUUCCUCGACUUCAUUAUCUUGUAUCAAGCCUAACUCCUCUAUAUACACUGGCAGAUGUUAAUAUUCCUCCUCGAAGAUUGGAUCAGAUGUUUUCAGAUGCCUUUAGUAAAGAUCACCAGCUAAUUCGGGCAGACCCCAAACAUAGUCUUUACCUCGCCUGUGCUCUCAUGGUUAGAGGAAAUGUACAGAUUUCAGAUCUUCGCAGAAAUAUUGAAAGGUUAAAACCCUCUCUACAGUUUGUCUCCUGGAAUCAAGAAGGCUGGAAGACCAGCCUGUGUUCAGUACCUCCUGUGGGUCAUUCUCAUUCAUUAUUAGCUUUAGCAAAUAACACAUGUGUGAAGCCUACCUUCGUGGAACUGAGAGAGAGGUUCAUGAGGCUCUACAAGAAAAAGGCUCACCUUCAUCACUAUCUACAAGUUGAAGGGAUGGAAGAAAGCUGUUUCACAGAAGCUGUGUCAUCCUUGUCAGCACUCAUACAGGAAUAUAACCAACUGGAUGCCACAAAAAGCAUGCCUGUGCCAGAUAUACCUAGAUUAAGCAUAGCUGUGUAAAAAAGAAACACAAAAAAAUAUAACUUUUACUUUUUCUUAAUUUCACAUUUUUUUGUCACCCUUCUGUUUCAGCAUUUUUGUGAUUCAGAAAUUUGUGUUUCAUAUCAGCAGGAAGUAUUUUUGUCUAAA